UGAAUCGUGAAUUACAGGUGAAUUAAAAAAAGAGAAUACUAUUAUUUCGAAAUUCUACUACUUCAUUUUCUUGAAAACAGUUUGAUAAAGUAAACAGGUAGAUGGACAGUGCUGAAAACAAAAUAAUGAAGAUUAAAGUUGUAUUUCACGAUCUCGAACAAGAACGGGAACAACAUUCAGUGGACGAUGGAGAAGAAGACGAAUCCAUGGAUAACAUUGAGCCGUUACGUCAAACUACUCAGAGAAAAUCAAAUGAAUCCUUGCCAACUUUACUACAACGAGCUCAAUCAAGUGAUUCACCAUUUGCGAUUGGUAAUAAAGAGAAAACGAGCUUGAAUAAAUUAACAUCAUCUCGUUCAUUGAGUCGUGGAAAUGUUAGGAGACCUAGUGAAAUUUCAAUCAAUGAUUUUCUAUCUAUGCCACCAGUGCUUGAAAGUAUAGAUGCUCAGCGUAGAUCGACAUUGUAUUCAGAUGAAAAACACAACCCUUUAGACAGACGUGGAAGUACGUCAUCUGAAGAAAAUAUAGAGAAAAGUAAACCAGAAGAAUCCAAUGAUGAUGAGUGUGGUGCUGUCGAAAAUGAAUGUGAACAUGGAUCACACUGAAACCGAAGGGGAAGGAGGAAAAGAAACACUAGGAAUUGGAGUAUGCAAUAUCUGUGAGAGUAACUUUAUACAAAUGGAGCAUUUUUAUUACAUAUGCUAACGAUUUUUUCUGUUGGUGAAACUAAUUUUCAUGUUUUUGAUUGAUUUCUGUUAUUAUAAUUUGUAAUUUUUUAGCGGGUAUUUAUUUGGUUCAAGGUUGGCAUCAAAU